ACUAUAUGAUCCAUUCCCUCCACACAGGCUUCCAAAUCUCAGUUUAAUUUCUUGGUUUUAUUAACGCCAGAUCCCCCACACCUGGCGCUGAGGGAUGAUGGACCUUUCAGACUGUGGUCCAGUUUAGUUCUCUGGAAAAGAUCUGCCCCUGGGACUCUCCACAUGAGCAACCAGAGGCAUGGAGCGAAAGGCACACGCUGUCAGCUGCUUGGUCUGUGCCAUUGUCCUGUCAGCAAUUCCCUUUGCAGGGAGUUUUGAGGUCACCUCGUCCCGAACUGUCACUGGAAUUGUUGGCCAGGAUGUGGUCCUGCCCUGCCAGAUCUCCACGGGGAAGCAGCCGGACAAUAUGGAGGUGCAGUGGAAGAAAAUUAUUCAGGCACAUAUAGAGGUUGUCUAUGGAUACCAACCCCAGCCAGGCCAGGAUGGAACAGGGCCGAUGUACCAGGGCCGGGCCGUGCUCCGGAAGGAUGGAUUCAUCUCUGGGAAUGUGUCUUUGAGGCUGAAGAAUGUCCAACCAGCCGAUGAGGGAACGUACAGCUGCAUUGUGAAGUCCAACGCCUGGAGCGCAGAUACCACCACUGAGCUUCAACUUGCAGCUGAUGCUCCUGUGUCCAUUGCCGUGCUGGGUCCCCAGGACCAAGGGAUCAGACUAGCCUGCAGGUCAGCAGGGUGGUUCCCCAAACCUGAAGUCCAAUGGGUGACACAGAAGGGGCAGGAUUUGCAGGCCGUGACGAAAAUGGACCAGGACCAUGAACGUCUCUUCAAUGUUCUGAGCCAUGUCACAGUGCUGGGAGAGGAAACAGGAGAAAUCAGCUGUGUUAUCCAGAACAGACUGCUGAAAACAGAGCAGAAGUCUAUCAUUCUCCUUUCAGGUGAUAUUUUCCCUCGUGUGUCUCCAUGGCUCACUGCAUUCUGGGUGUUAUUUAUUGUAGACCUUCUCGCAAUUGGUGUCUGUGCAUAUUUAGGAUACACAACCAAGAGGAAGACGUCCAAGAAAAAAAGAUCAGAAGAAGAAUCUUUAUUACUGAGAGAGACUGAGAGGAAGGCGCUGGAAUCAGAUCAUCAGGAGCUACAAGACAGACUUGCCAGAUCAACCACAGAACUGGAAUUCAGGAGGGUUCGGAGCUACAUGGUUCCCAUCACCCUGGAUCCAAGUUACAAACAUGCUGACCUCACCUUGUCUGCAGAUGGCAGAACAGGGCAGACUGCCACACCUGGAGCCCUGGUUGCUGUGGAGAGGGAAGGGUUUGUGCCCAGGAAGGAUCAAGAUAGGGAGGGCAGAGUUUGUAGGUGGUACUGGGAGGUGCAGGUGGGAGACAACCCAGACUGGACCCUGGGGGUGCUGAGUGAGACUGUGAGGGGCAAAUUGAAAAAGGAAGGGCUGGAGAGUUUCCCCGAGGAGGGGUGCUUGGCUCUGAGGAGAUCAGAGGGGCAGUAUUACCCCAGUGAGGCUGACACUGUGAUCCAGAGCUGGGGUGUGAAGCCAACAGUGAUUGGGGUGUUUCUGGAUCUAAAAGAGAAGAGUCUCUCAUUUUACAGUGUCAAUUCAAUGGCCUUUAUCCUGGAGAUUCCUGUGGAAAUUUCUGAGAGAUUGUUCCCGUUCCUUAGCCCUAGUCACACUGCAGGAAAGGGCCAAGGGAACUCCCUCAGCAUCUGCCCCCUCAGUGACUGGGAUUUUCCCCAGACAUUAUCAUGUAAUGGGCCUGUUAGUCAAGGAGAUUCCAAGGCUGGAAACAGUGGGCUAUCCUCAAAAGAUGAAAUAUCCAGAGGCCUAGCACAGUCUCCCACCUCAAACAAUGAGGAAAGGGCAGGAAGUAAAAAAAGGCCAUCUACAACAGAAGAAACAACCACAAACUCAGCACAGUCCUCCAUCCCCCAAAAUGAGGAUGGGGCAGGAAGCAACACAAAGCCACUUACAACAGGAGAAUCAUCCACAAGCUCUGAACAACAUCUUACUCCUGUAAAUCCAGAUGUGAAAGGAAAUAGCUCUAGGUCAUGGGUGAGCAAAAAUCUCCAAAAUCUCUCCUCAUGGAAGUUGAUAAAGGGAGAUAAAACAGAGCAGAAAAAAGAAACAACAAACCCUAAGGUCUGAAAGUUUGUCUGCAAGAACCCCACCUGCCAAAAGCCCUCCAGCAAGGUAAAAGGAAUGAGAAAGAGAAAAAUGCUCAGAACUUGACUCUGUGAAACUGAUGCACUUGUUCUGCAGAUUUCAGGGCCAAAAUUUUAAUAAAAUUUUAUUAAAGCUAAUGUUAACAAAUUAUAUAAUACGCAAAUUAAGAAAAGAGUUUGUACAUCUAUGUUUAGUGAUACUAGGGAAUUAAAUCCAUGUGUGGGCACCUGGGAAAGAAUGUCACCCCCAAAAGACAAUGGGGAAGUUUUUCCUUCUGCCUGAACAUGUUUUGUUAGUCUAUAAAGUGCUACCAGACCAUUUGUUGUUUUUUUCUGUAACAGACGGCUAACCCUUGAAGUAAUUAAAUAGGAAGGUGUUUACUUGAGGGAACUAUGAUAAUGUUAUUGUUAAGGUUUAGAAUUUAAAUACACAGAAGUCAAGAAAUGCAGAAGCAAAGGUUCUUACAGUGAUACUCAGGUUUUGUCUAUAAUGGAAGCAAAAUUGCUGCUGACAUGUAAAAGUUGUCAAAACUGAAAACUUGUCAACCUGUUUUCUGGUUUCCGUUGUCAAUAAAUCAUGGCCACAUUGUUUGUUCCCUGGUUGACAGAAAGAGCAAAGCAAUGUGAGUAUGCAUCCCACAAUACCUGGCAUUACCUUCAGUUGCUAGGUACUAUGGGAAUGCACAACAUAGUGCUAUACAUUUUGGAAAUGUGAAAUUGUCCCUUCAGUCACCUCUUUACUUCCAAGCCCUCCUGGGGCUUCCAGCUUAGAAUCCUAGGGCUGGAAGAGACCUUGGGAGUUUUGAGUCCAGCCCUUUGCCCCAAAGCAGGACAAACCCCAACUAAAUCAUCCCAGCCAGGGCUUUGUCAACCUGGGACUUC